GGGGCCUCGCACUCGAGUCGUAGGAGCUGCAGGUCUUACCCGGAGAGACGCUGCACGCGGAGUGGGGGGCCGCUGCCGUUCUCAGCCGGCCGAGGAGCGCGGGCGGGGGCGACAGGGCCGAUUCCGGAGCGGGACUGCUCUCUGGAAGACUUCAGCCAUGACUAAAAGAGAAGCAGAGGAGCUGAUAGAGAUUGAGAUUGAUGGAACAGAGAAGUCAGAGUGUACAGAAGAAAGCAUCGUAGAACAAACCUAUACCCCGGCUGAAUGUGUGAGCCAGGCCAUAGACAUCAAUGAGCCAAUAGGCAACUUAAAGAAACUACUAGAACCAAGACUACAGUGUUCAUUGGAUGCUCAUGAAAUCUGUCUGCAAGAUAUCCAGCUGGAUCCAGAGCGAAGUUUGUUUGACCAAGGAGUGAAGACAGAUGGAACUGUACAGCUUAGUGUACAGGUAAUUUCUUACCAAGGAAUUGAGCCAAAGCUAAACAUCCUUGAAAUUGUCAAACCUGCGGAAACUGUUGAAGUAGUUAUAGACCCAGACGCCCACCAUGCUGAAGCUGAAGCCCAUCUGGUUGAGGAAGCUCAAGUGAUAACUCUUGAUGGCACAAAACACAUCACCACCAUCUCAGAUGAAACCUCAGAACAAGUGACGAGAUGGGCAGCCGCAUUGGAAGGUUACAGGAAAGAGCAAGAACGCCUGGGGAUACCCUACGAUCCUAUACAGUGGUCCACAGACCAAGUCCUGCAUUGGGUGGUCUGGGUGAUGAAGGAAUUCAGCAUGACUGAUAUAGAUCUCACCACGCUGAACAUUUCGGGAAGAGAAUUAUGUAGCCUCAGUCAAGAAGAUUUUUUUCAGCGAGUUCCUCGGGGAGAAAUUCUCUGGAGUCAUCUGGAACUUCUUCGAAAAUAUGUAUUGGCAAGCCAAGAACAACAGAUGAAUGAGAUAGUUACAAUUGAUCAGCCUGUGCAGAUUAUCCCAGCCUCAGUGCAGUCUGCUACACCAACUACCAUUAAAGUUAUCAAUGGUGGCACAAAGGCAGCCAAAGUGCAGAGAGCUCCACGGAUUUCAGGAGAAGAUAGAAGCUCCCCCGGGAACAGGACAGGAAACAAUGGCCAGAUCCAGCUAUGGCAGUUUUUGCUAGAGCUUCUUACUGACAAGGAUGCUCGGGACUGCAUUUCCUGGGUUGGCGAUGAAGGCGAGUUUAAGCUGAAUCAGCCCGAACUGGUGGCACAAAAAUGGGGACAGCGUAAAAAUAAACCUACUAUGAACUAUGAGAAACUCAGCCGUGCAUUAAGGUAUUAUUAUGAUGGGGACAUGAUUUGUAAAGUUCAAGGCAAGAGGUUUGUGUACAAGUUUGUUUGUGACUUGAAGACUCUUAUUGGAUACAGUGCGGCAGAGUUGAACCGUUUGGUCACAGAAUGUGAACAGAAGAAACUUGCCAAGAUGCAGCUUCAUGGAAUCGCCCAGCCAGUCACAGCAGUAGCCCUGGCCACUGCUUCUCUGCAAACAGAAAAGGAUAAUUGAGUCCCAGGACCUUCUGGGAGGCUGAGGACUUUCUGAAAUAUUUAGAGCAAGUAUUGCUCUUACCUCUACUACCGAAUUUGAAGCUUUUAUUUCUAGACUGUAAAAUCUGAUGCAUGAUUUUUUUUAUAAAUAUUUCAUAUUCUUGUGAAUUUGGAUCUUUUUACUUUGAGCAUAUAUUUUAGACUAUGUGUAUGUUAAGGGGUCACCACAGUGUUUUCAGUGUGAAGGCAACGUGUGCAUUGUGGGGUAGCUGGUUAACAGUCAGGAAAGCUACACUGGUCAGUAUUAAUGCCUAGCCCUACCAAAAAUAGUCAGUAGCGUGUGAAGAUGAAAAGUCAGUGAAGGAUCUCCAGGAAACAGCCUGCUUAACUAUUUUUGCAAACAGUUAAAAAAUGCUGCUUUAGAUGUUGCUUUACAUAGAGCCAGAAAAUGGCAUUUUCACAGCUAAAGCGUGUGUGACUGUCAUCUAAUCAAGCAGAGCUGAAAUAGUCAUAGCAAACAAAAGUAUAAUGAUAUUAAUAAAUCACUCAACUAAGAGUAUCAAGUUAUUAAUUUAUAUAUUUGCAAGCAAAGACAAUAAGUCGACUGGCAGAAGAGCUGUGCUGAAGUUGGCUUAACUCAAGCCAACUUUAAGGAUUUACUGUAUAGGUUAUACAUAACAUGAGGCCAUGAAGUUAAAUUAUUUUGAGGAGGCAUUUAAUUCUAAUAAACCAGCUAUUACAAAAGUUCUUAAACGAUCUCUGUUUUUCCUGUCAGAGAUUUAAAAAAUUGAAAAAGUAUACCUCAGCCAAAAAAUAAAAAUUUGGUUUGGUUUGGUAUGGCUUUCUUUUUUUUUUUUUUUUUUUCCUUUUAUUACCCCUUAGGGCCAGUUUGUUAAUGCAAGACAGCUCAUGUAUUCAUUCUGUGUCUUCAAAAUGAAAAUUUUAAAUCAGUCAACAGUACUUUACCUUUCAAAACAUCAGUGAAUUACUUGCAAACAGUUUUAAAGGGAAAAUUUGACUUCCAGUAUAGGCAUUCUUCUGUCGUAAAAAACUUUCCAUUUAUUUAAUUUUCUUCCUUUUGAAUAUUACAUAUGUGUGUAUACAGAUAUCUAUAUACAUUUAUAAUUGACCAUAUAUAUUUAUGAAGGUGUAAAAUAUUCAAAAGGAAAAAAAUUAACUCCUUAAAAAUUCUUUAAAGAUUAAUUAAUUCAUAUACAUAUAUAUAUAUAUAACUCUUUGCUUACCAUAAGCUAACACUAAGCAGAAACGGCUAGAAAUGUCUUCUGUCUUCCUUUUUUUUCUUCUUUCUGCCUUUUUGUCACUUGUUUUCAGGCAUGCAUGAAUCGUGAUAUGAGAGACUGGCAAAUAGCUUUUCAUUCCUCUCACAGGAGAAGAUUGAUUCUUUAUUCACCUUCUCCCUCGUCAUUCCCCUUAAAUCCAUCCUCAUGCGGCUUUAUAAAAGCUCAGUUAAUGCUUUUGAGUAGUGAGGAGGAAAGGGCCAAGGUAGUAGGGGCAAGGUGCACCAUUAGUGAUCACUGCUACCAGUACUAAUGAGCAGUGUGGAAGGAUCCAUAUGAGGCAGGGACCCUGGGCACAAGGAGAGAAGAAGGGAUCUAUGAUCUCCUUUGCUGGUAAUCUUAGGGCAUAAUUGUAAGUACUCUGCUAGAGAACUACAACAUAUAAUGUCAGUUUUAUUUAUAUUACUCUAUAAAGGCCUUUAUGACUGUAGUAAACCCAUAUGACUGUAGUAGCUGUUACUUAAAAAUAAUAAAAUUUGUAACUUCCGUUUUUGUUUUUUUAUAAAUGCAAAAUAGACUGACAUCUUAAAUUUUUGUUACAGUUUGGGUACUUUUAUUGCAAGAAUAUUUAAGUAGGGUAACAAUAGGAAAUAAUAGAAGCUAUAUAGUUUCAGAUAACAACUAGGUAACUAAAAAGGAGAUUUUACACCAUCCGCUUGUGGCUUGGGGAGAUGACAAGCUGCUUAUGGUUUAAAAAAAUAAUAUACUAUUCCGAUAUACUGUCAAAAGGUUAAGUAUCUUGACCUUUAUUUGGAUUUUGCAGUGCUUAUCGGGAGAUGACCUGGUAAAGUUUUAGCCAAGAUGAUAUUUUUUUUUAUAUCUCAAUUGAAUGUAUUUUUUUUAAGGCAAGGAAUACCUACAUUUCUUUUUAGACCCCUAACAUCAGACCAUCGUUUCUUUUCUCCUUUAAGCAUUCCCCAGAGACAUUUUUUCUUUUUUCAGCAUUUCCCCCCAUUGGUGGAUUUUGUUUUGUUCCUCAGUGUAAUUUGAAUGGAGACAGUUCUCAUACAUGAUAAAUGCUGUUGCUUUUUUCUUCUUCACCUUCUCUUCCCAUCAUUUUAUGCACUAUGACAUGGGUAAAGUAAUGCGAUGGAUUUCCCCAGUUGAUUCAAGAAACCUUGCAUUACUUUGUAGUUCCAGCUUACCUAUAAGCUAUUUUCUUUGUCCUUGUUCAGGUUAUAAGUAACAGAAGGCUGGAUAGUCUUCAUUUAUUGUCAAAGAAAUAUAAUUCAUGCUGUUCUUUCUCGUAACAGAAUUUACACCAUAUUCAAAGGAAGAAAUAAAUUCUCAGUCACCUUUUUACUUUGUGUGUACAAGAAUAAUGACAUGUUCACUUUUGUUUUAAGACUCGUUUUCCAUAUGAGGUUUUCAUUGAGCCAACUUUCGUAAGUAUCUCUCUAGCCUAAGGUCUGAAAAUCUGUGUUGGCAUCGUAAAAUCAAAAGCAGAGUUGCUGUGUGUGGUUGAUCUUCAUAUCAAUCGACUGGCCACCUUCAUUUUUGUAUCAAGCUAUGCCAGUUAAUUAGGAAAAACUAUUUAGUUGUUUUCCACCUCUAAUGGUGAAACUCAGAUAUGGUAUUUCUUUUAUUGUGUCUCCAGGUAUUUUUGGUGAGGCCUGUUGUUCUCCAUAUUCGUUAUUUUAUGUUACUGCCUUUGAAAAAGAACUAGCGUAUAUUUGAAAUAGCACAAAAUGUUAUAAAAUUCAUAAUUGCAAAACAAACCUGUGACUAACUUCAUGUCUUCAGAUCUAGAGGGUGUAAAAAUAUUGAUAUUUCACUUGCUGCCAGGACAAAAUCUUCUCAAUCUUUUGUAAAAGGGAGGACUUUUGCAUACAUUUUUACUCUUUAAAUAAAGACACUUAUGCUGUCAUAACAACAAUUAUGUAUUUCUUUGUGGUUAAAAAUUUUUUUGUGUAAUUUUACAUAAAACAAUUAUUUUCUAUUUUUACUCAGAUAAAAAGAUAUUUGUGCAUAAAAUGUCAAAAUAGUA